AUGAAGAAGAAGAUCAAGGCGCACGAAGAGAGCAAGGUCAAGGGCCCCAAGCAACAACCCAAGGAAGACGAGGCUUUGCCAACCUAUUUGCUGGAUCGUGAGACUCAAAACUCUGCAAAGGCCAUCUCCACUUCGAUCAAGCAGAAACGUAUGGAGAAGGCGGAUAAGUUUUCUGUGCCAUUGCCGCGUGUGCGUGGUAUCAGUGAGGAGGAGAUGUUCAAGGUUAUCAAGACCGGAACUAAGAAGUCCAAGUCAUGGAAGCGUAUGAUCACAAAGCACACAUUUGUUGGUGAAGGUUUCACGAGAAGGCCUGUGAAACUCGAGAGAAUUAUCAGACCUUCUGCACUGAGACAGAAGAAGGCCAACGUCACACACCCAGAGCUGGGAGUGACGGUAUUUUUGCCUAUUCUAGCUGUCAAGAAGAAUCCACAGUCCCCCAUGUACACUACCUUGGGAGUUUUGACCAAGGGAACCAUUAUUGAGGUGAACGUUUCCGAGAUGGGAAUGGUUACUGCCGGUGGUAAGGUUGUCUGGGGUAAGUACGCACAGAUCACAAACGAACCAGACAGAGAUGGAUGUGUGAAUGCCGUUCUGUUGGUGUGA